AUGGCCAGAAUCGAACCCAAUUGGAGUACACUUCCUGAAGAACUCCUCUUCUCCAUUGUAAAACUUCUCCCUACGCGAAUCGAUAUCCUCCGUUGGCGCGCCGUUUGUCGCUCAUUUCGCGCCACAAUUCCUCAUCCUCCAAUACAAUACCCAUUCCCACACUCUAUUCUAACCUCCAACGACUUCCUCAAAGGCCCAAACCCUAAAGAAAAUGACGUCUUUACCCUCAUGGUGUCCACUGUUUACGCCAUCGAACCCCUCAAUAAAGUCUCCAAUAUCCAGGGCGAAGAAACUCCCCAAACGUGGGUGGUCAGAGUCCAAGAACCAAACCCAGGUAGAGUCGUAAUCAUUGAUCCAAUUUCUGGUUCCAAAUGUAAAGACUUGUCCGAUCAGUUACCAAAGUCUUUAAAUUUGUUGGAUUAUCGGGUUACUGAAAUAACUAAAUCAUACAUACUUGUAUCAACUGGUGGAAAGCUUAUUGUUACAAAAUUGAUAUUUUCUUCGUUUCUUGAUGAGAAUGAUGUUGAGUUUGCUGUUAUGACGAGAGACAAUUGUACAAAAGAACUUGGAAUCUGGAGAAAUGUUGACAAGAAAUGGAGUAAAAUCGACAUGGAACUUGGAUUUCUUGGAUUUCUUGAGUUUGUUGAGGAUGUUAUUUAUUAUAAUCGCAAGUUCUAUGCUGUGCUCUCCAAGGGCCGUACUGUAACUGUGGAUUCUAAAUCUUUGGUUGUUACUCGAGUUGCAGAAGAGCUGCAGUUCGUUUCGAUAUAUUCGGAGCUAUACUUGAUGGAGCUGUAUAAUGAUUUGUUUUUGAUUGUUCAGUUCCGGGAGUUCGGCGAUGAUUUUGAUGAGUAUAUUAUCAUGCUUUUUAAGCUUAAUGAAGAGAACCAAAAAUGGGUUCCAGUUGUGGAUGGAUUAGAGUUGGAAUAUAGAGUGUUGUUUAUGGGUAAAAGUAGUUUUGCAUUUUCGUUUUCGAUUGAGGAGGUCGCGGGUUGUGUGUACUAUGCAGGCGCGAGCUUACUGGGGAGAAACAGAGAAGAGUCAGCAGAGAUGAUUGUGAGGAAACAUGGUGGACAUUUGAGGAUAUCAUGGAAUGGUGAAAUGAAUGCCGCCAAUGGAGCAGAGAUGGUGAAAUGA